GACUAGCAGAUCUGUAAGUACAGCCUGCUGCUUAUUCACCCAGAGAAACCUCGGUGAUCAUUUAUGUAAAAAAAAGACACUUGUUCAAAAUCACAACGUUUAGCUGGAAAACAAUGACCAGCAGUCACAGUGAUGAUGUUAUGGCGGGAAACAUGCCCGUAGCUGCAGCGUUCACAUUUAUCUGUGUGAAUUUAGCUUCUGUAGAGCAAAUAAGGGGAUUAAACUCAUCCAGUGAAAACAAACAGCUGAAUUAGCUACUGCUAAUUAAAAGCUCAGGCUGAAUAAAAAGCAGAGAUCCUCCUUGCCGGGAGAGCUCUCCAGUCCUUGUCGUGUGGAUUAUGCAUCUUUGCGUCUUGCCCUAAAUGUACAUAAGCCUCCCAUUGUACCCCUUUGGAAGGCCUCUCUUUCUGUUUGCAGGCUCAGUACAGUGCCGUGGAGCAGAGCACAGGGGAGCUGCGCCGACGAGCAGGCCAUGGGUAGCGCCUCCUCCACUCUCAGAUCUGUCUCUUCUUCCUCCUGCCCUCCAUCCAUCUCUUAACCCCUCUCAUGUCAUCACACCUUCCUCCUGAGCACCGGCAUAUUUACCGCAGUCGUGCGGCGUCAGCAGACCCUCUCCAGGACCCAUCAGUGCAAAGGAGCAGCACCUCCACACCGCGGCAGCUGAUCCGAGAGUCAAAAAUAAAAGGGAGCGAAAUCUCAAAAGAUAUGAAGCAACAGAGAGCGAAGCAUCCACAGCCUGUGCGGAUUACGGCACCCUCGGGGGAGCGAGGGGGAAGCGUGAAACAUCUUCCUGCCUGUCGCCCAGCAGCUACUGGGGGCCCGCAGCUGGAGGUGUGCUCCCAGAGGAGGGUGCAGUGCAGACAAACAUGCCUGACAUUGGUCUUGGGGUGUCCCUGUUUCCAGGGGAGGAAGGUGCGGCAAUCAGAAGCAGCAUUAAUCAGAGAUCGACGGCUUCACGGCAGGCGUGGUUCCGGCAAGGACCAUGUGUCCCCAAACGUCAAGCAUAUCCAGUCUGAUGCCAAACGGAGCAGGUGGAGUGGGCGACAGAGGCGGUGUGCUUUACAGGGCGGAGAAAGGAGCUUCUGCUGCCUAAUGGAGGCUGCGCCCCCAACUUUCGAGAGAAGAAAAUUUACUACCACUGUGAAUAGAGGGUCCAGGGGCAUGGCUGGGAACUCUGUGCCCCCUGAAUCAGCCGGGGGGCAUCCACACCCCUACUUGAGGGAGCCACAGCUGAACGGACUCAAGUGAACCGUAGGCAGUGCGUUGUUUUACUGGGAACACAUAGCAAUAAAAUAAAUAUCUAAACCAAACCCAGAAGUGGCAGGGGGGGGAGGGGUACCAAUUAAUCCAGUAACACUUUGAGGCAACAGGAAAUGCAAGUGGGGAAGAGAAUGCUAGCAGGUGAUUCUGCACGUGGGUGCGGCGCAGACAAUGCGACAUGACACAGAGAGCGCUGCGAACCACUCAUGAGGAACCUCUGACGCAUCCGUACUUGCCAAAGUGCCCGACCUGUACAUAUGCCAAGGAAUAAACAGCAGAAUGACUAAACGGGCAUCAGCACAUCAGCUGCAGCCCUGGCACAGUCUAUAUCGCAUGCUCUGCAUCUGCGCGUUUCCUUUACAAGGGACAAACUUCGAUUCACACGUGCGCACGCUUGUGGCUCUGAGGCAGGGCAAUCGAUGGUGAUUUAUGUCCCUGACGGCACCCUGUAGAUGACAUUACAUGUAAUCCAUACUUGUUCCUUUGUUCCAGCUGUGAAUCCGGGUCACUGUAAAAAAAAAUUCAAAUCAAAGAUCCAUCAAAAACAUCAAGUGAUAAUGUAACACAUAACAAACAAUUUUAUGCCUUAUUUUUGCCACUGUUCUUGACAUUAUUUUAAUUGUUAUUGCAUUUGACUGAUAACAAUCCCCUAUUAUCUCUGAAUGGAUCCCAGAGAGCAAGCUCCUUUGGGGAUAUUGGGACAGUUAGAUUUCACUGAUAUAGAUAUACAUUAGUGACAGAUAGAUAGGCUAGAUAGAUGGAUUAGAA